AAGAACAACUUGAACAUCAGUCAUAGUGUCAAUCAAUAGGACAAUUGUCGUUAUCAAUAUAAACCAAGUGUUUCCUUGCAUUGCUAUAUCUAGCUUAGUGUUUUUGUAACGUAAUCAAAUUCGUAUAACGUACAGCCACAAAUAUAGUCAUCUCAUCAUCAUCGCAUUUAUACAAAAUAAUGUCAUCUGAUAAACAACCACCACAACUUCCCCACCAAGGCAUCAGAUUACCACCAAUUCUGUUCUUGUCUGGUGGGGGACCCAGUAAGUUGCCUCCUACCUCCAACCUAGGCAUUCCCAACUUUUUGAAUAACCCAUCAUCCCCACCGAGCUCUUCGAUCUUGUUGCCUACUUUAACUCCACCUCAAUCGUCAGCACAACCUGAUGAACAAGCUAACAAGCGGAUGAAAUUGUAUGAUUCUCAAUCACCUCCGGGGAGCUAUGCUACAUCUCCUCCACAACAGAAAUAUUCACCACAACAACUUCCUCACAUUAAUCAAUUACAACCGAGUGUACAACUGAAUGUUCAACCAUCGAGUUAUUCACCACCAGUCACACAACCAGAGGCCAAACUUGAGCCAGAAGAAAAGCAUGAUCAAGAACAUGCACAUGCACACGCACCACAACAACAACAUCAUCAUCAUCAUCAUAAUCACGGUCAUGUUCACCCACAUCAUCAUCACCACCACCAUCACCAUCAUCACCAUCAUGUGGACAAAGAAGAAACUGGGAAUCCACAAGUAGUUCUGAAAGUAAUCAAGAAAUCACCACCAUCAUUCUCAAUUGAACCUAUUGUACAAACACUCAAAGAAUUGUUUCCUAAACGACAUUUUCUCGGAACAUUAAUUUAUAACCCCACCACAACAUGGGAGACAUUGCAAACUAGUCUGCUCUAUGGGUUAAAACCCGAACAUCAUCAACGAUUUAAUGAAAUUAAACUAAGCUAUGCAAGUAGGGUGAAGAGUGAGAAAGUCAAGUACAUACCUACGAUUCCUCCCUUACCUGUUGAAUACAUAAACUCGGUCAUAGAGGUGAAGAUCCCAUUCAGGUUUAUAGUUCAGUUGAAACAUGAUUUCAUUAAUGAGAUUUACGUCAGGGAUGUAUGGGGUGGAGCCAGUGGAAUAUAUACUGAUGACUCGGACAUUUUACAAGUUUUGGUGCACAUGGGAUUGUUUAAUCAGAGUAUUGAUUUAAGUAAGUGGAAUCCAAAUUGGAAGAGUGACGAUUUUAUCAAGCCAUUGACUACGACUGAUAAUGAAGGCGUGGAUAAAGAUAUAUAUGGUGACUUAUCUGUGCAAGUGUUGUUACUUCCUGGAUUAUCCAAGUAUGUCGGAUACACCGCCAACAAGAUUAAUUCUCGUUCUUGGAAAGGACAACAUUCAGGAUUAUCCAUGGUGGUAUAUAAUGUCAAGUGGGAUACCCGAAACGGUUAUUUACAAGAUAAAUCAGUGUACAAGAAGUAUGAAAAUGAGAUAAGUCAAGAUAAAGCAGAUAGCGAACUCACCAGAAAAGAAGCUGUUGGUUGGAAAUUCGAUUAUGGAUUAUACAAGAAGAUUAAUGAAAAAUAUAGCUCCUAGUUUGUAUUAGUAUGUAUUGUAUGUAAUAAUGUAUUCCGUCAAGUCCGAUGGUUGUUGCAAUCUUAAUAAACGAUGCAUGGCGGGAAGUGCGAAAAGCCAAGAAAAUUAAAAAAGUGGGUGUCUCUGUUUGUCUCGAGGUGACUUGACAGGAGUAAGCGAGUGCAUGUAGACAGCUCCUAUCUUGUGAUAAACACAAAACCGGGCUCCCCCGCUGGAUUAAUUAAUAAUUUGAAAAUUUACUGAGAGCUGAGAGCUAAGGCGAUGUAUUGUUUAUGAAUCCUGGCAUAAUCAGAAAAGAAAUUCAUGGGGGGGGAGGCGCAUGAGAGAAUAAUUGCUAGUGAACGUCCCAUGCAACGACAGGGAAAAUGAAUGUACCCUGGAUAAUGUACUAUUCACGUGUAACAGUAAUAUUCGGUAUCAGUUGUAGCCCUUUUGGAGACCCUAAAGGGAAGUUUCUCAACACCAGGUGAUUCAUUAGUCUAAAUGUCCACAUUUCCGGCCCAACCUUUUUCUGCAUCACUACGC